UGAUGCUCCCGAAAGGACGGACCAGUAGUAAGUACCUUGAAAAACACAGCCGAAGGAAAGUCCAUCCCCCUGGAGACUUGUGUAGAGCUCGUAGACACUGAUGUGAGUGAUCAAUUUUCAUCUGGAAGUUGGAUUCUUGACAGACUCUUUCGGAUUUGCUCUCUCAUUCUUCUGUCGAAUUAAGACUCUGCAGGUUUAAUACAGUUAAGAGUCCAAUUGGCAGCUACUAUGGCGCACUUGCUUUCUACCUCUUGUUCUUUGAAUAUCUCUCCGAGCUGCAAAAAGCCAAAAUGCUUGUUAGUGAAUCAGUGUUCAUCAUCGGGAUUUCCCGCAUCUUUUAGUUUGCCAACUUCAACCUCUCGUUCGAAAAAGCUCAUCCUGCAUGGAAAAGGGCCAAAAAGAUCCUCCACCAUCUAUGCUAUGGCUGUUUCUCUGAGUCAAGAAUCCAAAGCUCAGCCUGGCUCUAGCUUUCCUCAAGAAACCGGUGAAGCUGGUAGUCCAAAGAAGGUCAUGGUUAUUGGUGGUGAUGGUUACUGUGGUUGGGCUACUGCACUCCAUCUAUCAAACAGAAACUAUGAAGUUGCUAUUGUUGACAACCUUGUUCGUCGCCUUUUUGACCACCAGCUCGGUCUUGACUCCCUCACACCUAUUUCGUCUAUCCAUAAUCGUAUCCGUUGUUGGAAGUCCCUUACUGGCAAGGAUAUCCAACUUCACAUCGGGGAUAUAUGUGACUUUGAGUUCCUGGCUGAGACUUUUAAGUCAUUUGAACCUGAUGCUGUUGUCCACUUUGGAGAGCAGAGAUCUGCUCCUUACUCCAUGAUUGAUAGGUCAAGAGCUGUAUUUACCCAACAGAACAAUGUCAUUGGGACACUUAAUGUUCUGUUUGCCAUAAAGGAAUUUAGAGAUGAGUGUCACUUGGUGAAGCUUGGAACCAUGGGAGAGUAUGGGACCCCAAACAUAGACAUUGAGGAAGGUUAUAUUACAAUUACUCACAAUGGAAGGACAGACACUCUGCCUUAUCCCAAGCAGGCAAGUUCUUUCUAUCAUUUGAGUAAGGUCCAUGAUUCCCAUAAUAUUGCAUUUACUUGCAAGGCGUGGGGAAUCCGAGCCACUGAUCUAAACCAAGGAGUAGUUUAUGGUCUGAGAACAGAUGAGACUGCAAUGCAUGAUGAGCUAUGUAAUAGAUUUGAUUAUGAUGGAGUUUUUGGAACUGCGUUAAAUAGGUUUUGUGUUCAGGCUGCUGUCGGUCAUCCACUUACUGUCUAUGGCAAAGGGGGCCAGACCAGGGGAUAUCUAGAUAUAAGAGACACAGUUCAGUGUGUUGAGCUUGCAAUUGCUAAUCCAGCACAGAGAGGAGAAUUCAGGGUCUUCAAUCAAUUCACGGAGCAGUUUUCUGUCAAUGAACUUGCGGCCCUUGUCACGAAAGCUGGAGAAAAACUUGGCAUUGAGGUGAAAACAGUAUCUGUGCCCAACCCCAGAGUAGAGGCAGAGGAGCAUUACUAUAAUGCCAAACAUACAAAACUCAUUGAGUUGGGUCUCAAGCCCCACCUUCUCUCUGACGCGCUUCUUGACUCGCUGUUGAACUUUGCCAUCAAGUAUAAGGAUCGUGUUGAUCCCAAACAGAUAAUGCCCAGUGUUUCUUGGAGAAAAAUUGGUGUCAAGCCAAAAACUGUUGCAGUAUAAAAGAGUGUUGAAUGGUACUAGUUUCAGUACUGAUUGUCUACUAUUAUACUGCUGUAACCGUUUCUGAUGGGUUGUUGUAUCUUACUGAACUCCUUGCAUAUUGUCGGCAUUAGCAUCCAGCAGCCUUCCGACUGUAAAUUUUGGUAGGACGUAGAAAACUCUAGCAGUAACUCCAUCAUCCCUGUAAUGUCAGUAACCUAGAAGAGUCUUUGGUGUAUCACGUUUAUUAAUUUUCUAGAUGAAUAAAGUUGUUUUCUAAAUUUGUU